UACGUCAUUUGACCGCGCCAUCUCCACAAGCAGGCACAUUUCAAUGACAACCUGCAUAUGUAACAAAUAUUAAUUACACAAUAAUAGAGCCACAUAACAAUGCAACGAGCCGUUUUUGCACACAUUGCAUUGCAUGAUUGGACGCAUGUUUUCAGUCCUUUGAGGAUAGGACAAUGUUGUUUGAAGCACAGAGCACUACCAGUACAGCUCAGUUCUCGGGCAUACAGUGUGAUACCGCCCCCGCGCGACGAAGCAGAGAAGGCUCUGCUGCACAGUAUGUUGCGGGUGGACCACGCAGGGGAAUACGGUGCCACCCGCAUCUACGCCGGCCAGAUGGCAGUGUUGGGAAGGUCACAGACAGGACCGCUUAUUCAGGAAAUGUGGGAUCAAGAGAAGAAGCAUCUUGCCAAAUUCAAUGAGAUCCUUGCAGAGAACAGAGUUCGCCCUACGUUGCUGUUGCCCCUCUGGAACGUUGCAGGUUUUUUACUUGGAGCGGGCACCGCUCUACUGGGUAAGGAAGGGGCCAUGGCCUGUACUGUGGCUGUGGAGGAGAGCAUCUCAGAGCACUACAACAGCCAGAUCAGAAACCUCAUGGAGGAGGACCCAGACAGAUACGUAGAGCUGUUAAAAUUAAUAAAGGAAUUCCGAGAUGAUGAGAUGGAACAUCAUGAUACAGGACUGGAGCACGAUGCUGAAUCUCUACCCGGAUACAAUCUUUUGAAGAGUGCAAUACAACUUGGCUGCACAGCCGCAAUAUUUGUGUCUCAGCGCCUAUAAAGUAAUAAUUAAUUCAGUUUCUCAAAGAUGGUUUUCUAAAAAAUAUAAUGAUUUAAGUGAUGUAAAUUGUAUUAGUAAAGUGAACCUGGCUACUUUCUACAAUGUAAUAGUCAGUGCACUUUUCCAAAAAAGGACUCCCAUCAAAAAUAUAUGUUUUUUGUCCAAUUGUAACCAAGAUGUUGUCAUUUACUUAAACGCUAGCACUAGCAGCCAAACCAUAUAGGUACCAGCUCAAUGCUGAAACCUCUCUGAGUUGGCAUCCUAGAAUAAGCAAGUUGUCAAAGAGAUAUUGGUGGGAAAGUUGGUGUAAUUCUACCCUCUGUCUGGUCUAGGUGAUGGGGAUAGUGUGUUAUCCUGCUAUGCUAAGGUAUUGUGGUCAUCACUGACAGAGCUGGAACCUACCUUCCUUAUCAAGUUUAUUUUGUAACAUCAUUGAUACUAAGUAAUGUACUACAUACUGUAAUUACCUAUCUGUUAGGUUUAAUUGUUUGAAUGACUAAUCACCUUCCCACUGCAACCCCCCAUGCCUUUGUUAUUCCCCGAAAGAUAAAUAUCUAACAUAUCUCUACCGAGGACAUAUCGAUAAUGGCAUUGUCACGCCAUCACCAUACCUUUCAACAAACUAUCCUCUUUCACACAUUAUGUGUCAUAAAUCACAAUGAACAAUGGCUUGUCAGUCCAGAUGAAUGGUUAAGCCUCUUACACAGCUGUUCCAGUACAUUAGAUCAGAGUGAAAGAAGGAUUGACAACUGACGGGUGCUGGCAGGGGGGUCUAGCUAAUCUAUGCCGUUCAGCGCUGCAGAGUUCAGUUUACUCCCCAGAGACCCCUGUAUUGACUAUAGGGAUUGAAGUGUCCUUAUAGUAUGUUCUGUACUGACCUAGUGCCUGAGAUCUGCCCUAGCCACUUCAGAUGCAGUGUAUAGUACACAUCAGUUAGCACAGAGAGACGUAUUGAUCUCCAUUCCACAUGCAAUGCCUACGACAGAAUGUAAAGUAGCAAAGAGAGAAUACAAGGUAGCUGUGUUGUUGUUGGUGUAACAAAAAGGGUUUAAAGGAACAGUGUGAUAUCAUGUUUUUGACGUAUAUUAUUCUUCGACAGUACCGAUCCUGCUCUGUAUGCGAGGGUGCCUCUGGCAUCCAAGCCACAGCCCACUUAUGUGCUUUCGGCCCGCUGAACUAUUUCCGCUCCUGCCGCCCCAGCCAAGGCCCAUGAACAGCCCACUGAACUGUUUCCGCUCCUGCCGCCCCAGCCAAGGCCCAUGAACAGCCCACUGAACUGUUUCCGCUCCUGCCGCCCCAGCCAAGGCCCAUGAACAGCACACUGAACUGUUUCCGCUCCUGCCGCCCCAGCCAAGGCCCAUGAACAGCCCACUGAACUGUUUCCGCUCCUGCCGCCCCAGCCAAGGCCCAUGAACAGCCCACUGAACUGUUUCCGCUCCUGCCGCCCCAGCCAAGGCCCAUGAACAGCCCACUGAACUGUUUCCGCUCCUGCCGCCCCAGCCAAGGCCCAUGAACAGCCCACUGAACUGUUUCCGCUCCUGCCGCCCCAGCCAAGGCCCAUGAACAGCCCACUGAACUGUUUCCGCUCCUGCCGCCCCAGCCAAGGCCCAUGAACAGCCCACUGAACUGUUUCCGCUCCUGCCGCCCCAGCCAAGGCCCAUGAACAGCCCACUGAACUGUUUUCUGCCCCAAUGUUGGGGGACGUGCUUUUGUCUUGACAUGAGACUACUGUAGCUGUCUGAAAAAAUCUGACAAACUUUAAUUUGGAAGUGUAAUGACCCUUUAAACUUCACUAGGCAUUGUGUGUAUGUGUGUUUCGUCACCUGUACCCCAGCUGUUUUCGGCUUCUAACGGCCCAGGAACGGCCCACUGAGGAGUAAUUUCUCACUGGGGCUAGGCCGCUGGUUCUCAGGCAGGGAGUUAUUUUCCCCAGCAUGAGUUCAGCUGAGUUUUUUUUAGAUGGGGUGGGUUUACGUAUCAGACCUGACCCUAAAGGUUAACAUGCUGUAACUCUGCUCUUUUUGUGCCCUCUGCCUUAAAAAUAGCCCCUCCUCCCCUCAUGUAAAUGCACCGAGCGGGCCGGCUGGCACACACCCCAAGAUGGACAAAACUACUCAAACGUAUUACGAGUCCUAUACCGGGAACACUUUGUUUAAACCUUACCCGUCCACCCAGCGUACUAUUAGCAGUCCGCGAUGACUUAUGACGACACAAACAGAAACGCACAUGUAUGUACAGUUGAAGUUGGAAGUUUACAUACACCUUAGACAAAAACAUUGAAACUCAGUUUUUCACAAUUCCUGACAUUUAAUCCUAGUAAAAAAUCCCUGUCUUUGGUCAGUUAGGAUCACCACUUUAUUUUAAGAAUGUGAAAUGUCAGAAUAAUAGUAGAGAGAAUGAUUUAAUUCAGCUUUUAUUUCUUUCAUCACAUUCCCAGUGGGUCAGAAGUUUACAUACACUCAAUUAGUAUUUGGUUUAAAUUGUUUAACUUGGAUCAAAUAUUUUGGGUAGCCUUCCACAAGCUUCCCACAAUAAGUUGGGUGAAUUUUGUCCCAUUCCUCCUGACAGAGCUGGUGUAACUGAGUCAGGUUUGUAGGCCUCCUUGCUCGCACACGUUUUUUCAGUUCUGCCCUCAGGGCUUUGUGAUGGCCACUCCAAUACCUUGACUUUGUUGUCCUUAAGCUAUUUUGCCACAACGUUGGAAGUAUGCUUUGGGUCAUUGUCCAUUUGGAAGACCCAUUUGCGACCAAGCUUCAACUUCCUGACUGAUGUCUUGCUUCAAUAUAUUCACAUAAUUUUCUAUCCUCAUGAUCUAUUUUGUGAAGUGUACUAGUCCCUACUGCAGCAAAGCACCCCCACAACAUGAUGCUACCACACCCGUGCUUGAUGGUUGGGAUGGGUUCUUCGGCUUGCAAGCCUCCCCCUUUUUCCUCCAAACAUAACGAUGGUUGGUCAUUAUGUCCAACAGUUCUAUUUUUGUUUCAUCAGACCAGAGGACAUUUCUCCAAAAAGAACAAUCUUUGUCCCCAUGUGCAGUUGCAAACUGUUGUCAGUUUUUAUUAUAGCGGUUUUGGAGUAGUGGCUUCUUCAUUGCUGAGUGGCUUUCCAGGUUAUGUCGAUAUAGGACUUGUUUUACUGUGGAUAUAGAUACUUUUGUACCUGUUUCCGCCAGCAUCUUCACAAGGUCCUUUGCUGUUGUUCUGGGAUUGAUUUGCACUUUUUGCACGAAAGUACUUUCACCUCUAAGACACAGAACGCGUCUCCUUCCUGAGAGGUAUGAUGGCUGCGUGGUCCCAUGGUGUUUAUACUUGCGCACUAUUGUUUGUACAGAUGAACGGGGUACCUUCGGGUGUUUGGAAAUUGCUCCCAAGGAUGAACCAGACUUGUAGAGGUCUAUAUUUUAUUUUCUGAGGUCUUGGCUGAUUUCUUUUGAUUUUCCAUGAUGUCAAGCAAAGAGGCACUGAGUUUGAAGGUAUGCCUUGAAAUACAUCCACAGGUACACCUCCAACUGACUCAAAUUAUGUCAAUUAGCCUAUCAGAAGCUUCUAUAGCCAUGACAUCAUUUUCUGGAAUUUUCCAAGCUGUUUAAAGGCACAGUCAACUUAGUGUAUGUAAACUUCUGACCCACUGGAAUUGUGAUACAGUGAUUUAUAAGUGAAAUAAUCUGUCUGUAACAAUUGUUGGAAAAAUUACUUGUGUCAUGCACAAAGUAGAUGUCCUAACCAACUUGCCUAAACUAUAGUUUGUUAACAAGAAAUUUGUGGAGUGGUUGAAAAACGAGUUUUAAUGACUCCAACCUAAGUGUAUGUAAACUUCAAACUUCAA